CAGCUCUUUUUAACCGCUCUCAGGAUCAAAGAGUUUUCCACCUCCAAGGGACGUUCCCCAAGGCAUGCGGCGGGCUUCUGCGAGAGCCAGUGUCCAGUUCUAAAAAAUACGUCAUUCUGUUUCGUUUUCGGCGCCCGCUGGUGCUUUCGGUGCCCAAACCAAGGGAGCGUGUGGCCCUGGCUGGUCCGAAACCGCGGAGCUGGGCCAGGUGGAAAGCCAGGAGCGCCUGUGCGCGUCCAGCAGUGCCCAGCCCCAGGCAUUGGCUGCAGGAACAGCUGAUUGUAUUUGGGCAAAAUGAAGACGACCCGCUUCCCUGUACGGAUUCCUUCAACUCUGAUUAGCGGUCAGCAGAGGCCUGGCUUUAGGGCUGAGCACCUCUCUCACCUGUGUGAGGACAAUGGCUUUACUCUGGGUGGGAGCUAGGAGAAAGGAGGAAGGUCACCCUGGUAACGCAGACUUGCCUGCCGGGAGCUGGGAAGAGUUAUUUGCAACCAAAGCCUCCUUUUGGGAACUCUCUACUACCCCGAGGUGUAGACAGGUCCGAAAUGAUCGCCUCCACGUGUGUAUUAAGGAGGAGGAAGCAGGCACAAGGACGUGUGGUGACUUGCCCAAGGUCAAGCAAAUACAGAUGGAGCGAGGACCCAGAGCCAGGUCCCCUGAGCCUUCCUUCCUCUAUCUUGCCGGGACUAAGGACCACUUCCCCGCUGCCUAGCAGGGGCUUCAAUUCCCGGGGCCCUCGGAAUCGACCCGGCUGCGGAUGAGUUCUCCCUGUGGUUGUCACUGGGGCGUCAGGGCUGGGGAUCGUGCUUGUGCAGGGAAGCACCUGAGGGCCUCAGGGACUUGGAAGCUCUCUUCUAUCCUUAAGCAGGACUCCAAGACUUAUGUGUGCUGGCCCCCUUGCGGAGGGUGGAGAGCUGGGAUCCACGAUCCGCCGGCCAUGCUUGACUCCCCGCGGCGCUCGCUUGCAUCCUGGUCCUGGGCUAUUCUGCAUUAUCUUCAGAAGAGUUGGGAGGUCUGCGUUGUGUUUCGAGUUUGGACCUCAGUUUCCCCACUUGUAGGACGAGGCAGCUGGACGAUUCCAGAACGUACUUCCCCUUGAUUCCCUGGCAGGUGGAAGGGAGCUCACGUGGCGCCUGUAAGGAAGGCAGUUUGGGUUGAGGCGGCCCGUCGGACCCCGCAGGAGGGAUUCCGAAGAGGCCGCCAGGGAGCCUAGGGCUUGAAUUCCUGCUCCUUGGCUCCCUGGCCCGCCCCCGCCGCGGGCUCGGAGCUCCGCACACCACGGAUGGGGGAGGCGAGCUGAUCCUAGCCCCGCACCCCAGGAGGCACGCUCGAAGGGAAGCCGCCUCCGCGCCGCCUCUGCCUUGGCGCGGAACAAACGGUUAAAGAUUUUGGGCAGCGCCUCGCGGGGGGAGGAGUCAGGGGCCCAAUCUGCAAUUAAAGAUGAACUUUGGGUGAACUAAUUUGUCUGACCGACCAAGGUAACGUGGGCAGCAACCUGGGCUGCCUAUAAAGCGGGCGCGCGGCGGGGUUUGGAGCGCUCGCGGCGGCGGCGGCAGGUGGCGCGGGAGGCCGAGGCGCGCCAUGGGGCUGCCGGCGCUGCUGGCCAGUGCGCUCUGCACCUUCGUGCUACCGUUGCUGCUCUUCCUGGCCGCGAUCAAGCUCUGGGACUUGUACUGCGUGAGCAGCCGCGACCGCAGCUGCGCUCUCCCCUUGCCUCCGGGGACUAUGGGCUUCCCCUUCUUUGGGGAAACACUGCAGAUGGUGCUGCAGCGGAGGAAGUUCCUGCAGAUGAAGCGCAGGAAAUACGGCUUCAUCUACAAGACACAUCUGUUCGGGCGUCCCACAGUGCGGGUGAUGGGUGCGGACAACGUGCGGCGCAUCUUGCUCGGAGAGCACAGGCUAGUGUCCGUACACUGGCCCGCGUCGGUGCGCACCAUUCUGGGCUCCGGCUGCCUCUCCAACCUGCACGACUCCUCGCACAAGCAGCGCAAGAAGGUGAUCAUGCGCGCCUUCAGCCGCGAGGCGCUCCAGUGCUACGUGCCAGUGAUCGCUGAGGAAGUAGGCAGCUGCUUGGAGCAGUGGCUGACCUGCGACGAGCGCGGCCUCCUGGUCUACCCUGAGGUGAAGCGCCUCAUGUUCCGCAUCGCUAUGCGCAUCCUGCUGGGCUGCGAGCCCGGGCGGGCUGGCGACGGGGACGCGGAGCAGCAGCUGGUGGAGGCUUUCGAGGAGAUGACCCGAAAUCUCUUCUCGCUGCCCAUCGACGUGCCCUUCAGCGGGCUCUACCGGGGCAUGAAGGCGCGGAACCUCAUUCACGCGCGCAUCGAAGAGAACAUUCGCACCAAGAUCUGCGGGCUGCGGGCGGGCGAGGCAGGCGGGGGCUGCAAAGACGCGCUGCAGCUGCUGAUUGAGCACUCGUGGGAGAGAGGAGAGCGGCUGGACAUGCAGGCACUAAAGCAAUCUUCAACGGAGCUCCUCUUUGGGGGACACGAAACCACCGCCAGUGCAGCCACAUCUCUCAUCACUUACCUGGGGCUGUAUCCACACGUUCUGCAGAAAGUGAGAGAGGAGCUGAAGAGUAAGGGUUUACUUUGCAAGAGUGAUCAAGACAACAAGCUGGACAUGGAAAUUUUGGAACAAUUGAAAUAUAUUGGGUGUGUGAUUAAGGAGACCCUUCGACUGAAUCCCCCAGUUCCAGGAGGGUUUCGAGUUGCUCUUAAGACUUUUGAAUUAAAUCCCUCAGGGCUUCAUAAUCUUUUGCAGGGAUACCAGAUUCCCAAGGGCUGGAAUGUUAUCUACAGUAUCUGUGAUACUCACGAUGUGGCAGAUAUCUUCACCAACAAGGAGGAAUUUAAUCCUGACCGAUUCAUGCUGCCUCAUCCAGAGGACGCAUCCAGGUUCAGCUUCAUCCCAUUUGGAGGAGGCCUUAGAAGCUGCGUAGGGAAAGAAUUUGCAAAAAUUCUUCUCAAAAUAUUUACAGUGGAGCUGGCCAGGCAUUGUGACUGGCAGCUUCUAAAUGGACCUCCUACAAUGAAAACCAGUCCCACCGUGUAUCCUGUGGACAAUCUCCCCGCAAGAUUCACCCAUUUCCAGGGGGAAAUCUGAUGGGCAUGAAUGCUCAAACCUCAGACUUAUUUGAAAUGUACAUACGAGUUUUUAUAUAGUGUUGUGUGGCUUUAUAUUUAAUUUCUAAAUGUAUAUUAUACUAUUUAUGUGUCUCUGCUAUAGGACCACAGUCUUUAAAUAUUAAAACAAUGCAUUUGUAUAAUUUCCCAAAUAAAGUGAAGUUUGGAGGU